GCAGUGAUGGCGAUGCUGAGAGGGGUGACUAGAGCCCCCCAAGUUCCCCUCAGUGCUGCACCUGCUCAGGGCACCAGGGCUCCUGAGGGAAAGGCAGCAGGGCAGAGUGCCCUGAGCAGGGGUGGUGCUAGGUGGGGGUUGCAGGUCUAUAGCCACCCCAAAAUUUCCUGUAGCCACCCCUCCCAGUGCCGUCGCUCACCGCAUCCCUGCCCACCUUGAGUGCAGCCCUGGCCUAGCCCCCCUGCUAGAAAGAAGGUGGCCCCGAGUCCACAGCGGGCAACCCGUCCACCCCUGUCCUGCACUCAGAUCUGGGGGGCACAUGACCCCCAUACCUCCCCACCCCUCCAUGCCCUCUGGAUGGGCUGCCUGUGGUUCUGUCCUGCUCCUGGCCCCAGGGUCCUAUUUAUUGCCCUGGCUGGGCAAUGCCUGCCCCUGCCCCAUUCCCUCCCUCACUGUGAGGGCCUCAAUCUGCCCUCCCCCAUGCCCAUUUCCCCCACACAGACUUACUGGCAGGACACUGCUGUCCAAGCUGUCAGGCUGUGUUCCUGGCUGCAUGCACGCUGUGGCUGCAUGCAUGCACAUGGUAUUUAUCGGUGACAUCAUCAGCCCAAAAAAGUCAAUUGCCAAUCACAUUAAUUUUUCUGUUAUUGGUGCUGAUCCAGUAUGCAACCAGUAUAUCAGUGCACCUUUAAUGCUCUUGCAUGACACAGCUCAUUGUAUGGUUUGAUGCCUUUCCCCUGAUUAUAUAAUUCACAUUUAAGCACUGUGGAAACAAGAAAGAAGAAACAUUUCAUAACAGAGAAUUUUGCUAUGAACAAUUGAUAGCAGAGGUGUCAAGCUUAUCUGGCCCUGUGGGCUGGAUGAGAGACACUGGGUCGGAUUCGGUCUGACCCCCUGUGCUGUAUGUAGUGCCAUGACACUGGGUCCAAUUUGUGCACCGUAUGCAGCAUGGGCCGACCCCAGGGAUCACUGCAAGUGGUGCAUAGCCUGAGGCAGUGCUGCCGGCUAGACACGGGUCUAGCACGUGCUGGAUGCAGAGCAUGCUCUGGAGCCAGAGUGCGCUGUAGUGGCACAUGGGCUAGAGCAGCCUCAUGCACUGUAUGUGGCACAGUGGGCCAGCACAGGGCUUACAUUGCAUGUAGCAGCCCAGUGGCCUGGCUCUGUGCAUUGGCUCCAGCCUGGACUGAUCUGGAUACUGAGCACCUAACUUUCAGAAAUGUAGAGCAGCAUAUGUCAACCUUUUAUAUUAGGGACAGACAUUCAGAAAGCCUGAGCCUGAAUUGAUUCAAUCUCUGCAGGUUAGUCUAACCUGCCUAGGUUGUAUUGGUUUGAAUUGGAUUCGAUUCAGUCAUAUAGACAUUCCCUCUGGACUGAAGAAAUGGAGGCAUACGCCUGCAGUAGCUCAGGCUAGAAGCCAGGUGACACUAGAGCAGCCAUCCCUUCCCUUCCAUAGAUCUGAGCUGAGGUGGGUAGCCAGGCCCCAGCAGGAUGCUCUGAUUAGGGUGGGGUGUAAACAUCUACCCUGGCCUGCACCGACUCAAGCUGUUCCCUGCUUGCAGCUCAAGGGGUGGGAGUGUUUUCAGACCCCAGCCCUGGGCUAGCACUCAGAGGUGGGGAUGUGUGUGCAGUGCAUGCAUCUGUUGAUUAUACUGAGCUUUUCAAUCUCCCUCUUCCUGCUUCUGCUGGUUUGCAGCCCUUAUGAAGGUGGUUGAUAAAGCCAGCAGGGGGCUGAUAACAGGGCAUUUAUCAGCCCAUCAACAAAACAAAUGCCUCUCAUUAGUUCAAGCUCUUCUUAAACAGCUUUUUCCAAGGAAGGAAGGAGGGACAUUACCAGCUGACCUGUUGAUUAGCUCUACAAAGCCAUAUGUGGACACUUUUCUGUCUGCCUGUCCCAGUGAAAUUGGAGACCUGCACACACACACACCUCUCAGCAUUAGCUAGCAUACCACAUGACUAGGGUCCGUGGGGCUAGGGUCCAUGCUGUGGAAGAUGGGAGCGGGGAAUCCCUGGUUGAGCAGCAAGGGAAGCCAGGCAGACCCUGCUGUGCCUGCAGUCUCCCCUGGAGCUCUGGCUAGGGAGCAGAGGGGUGGGACCAGCCUAUUCUCUGGAGCAGAGAGCCACACAGUGCUGCAGAGCAUCUGGGAUGCUGGGUGACUCUGGUUUAACUUAAACCAGGGAGGGGUCUGGGAUAGAUAUUGCAUAAACCGGUUUGACCUAAAUCCAUCAAGUGUGAUACUUUAGCCAUGUUUAUCUUAAACCAGUUUCAGCUAUUUUGAAAUUAAUUUAUGUGCACUGAACUUCUGUUCUGUUACAGAUGUACCAGUUUCUGAUCACUUGAAUUGGUUUAUGUGUAAUGUCUGUUCCUAGCCUUAAGGUCAUGGGCUGAAUUGUCCCACUUUGGGUCAGAAGUGGGCAGGCAGGUGCUAGCUACUGCCACCGCUUUUCACAGCAGUGGCACGGGGAAAGUGUUCACAGCCGGUGCUUUUCCCCACCAUAGUAGGGUGACUGCUGCCAGUACCAAAUGCUGCUGAAGCCCCGUGUCAGCUGCCCAAUUCAAAUGGCUCCACAGGUCGGAUCUGGCACAUGGUCAUAGGUAGUUCACCUCUAAUAUACAUGUACAGUAUCUACAGCUGAUCCUUUCUCACUUGGAAUUUUGGAUGCUUGGUGGAUCUGAAAAUUGGUUUCCCAUUCUUAAGGAGGAUUUCAUAGAAUUUCAGACUAGUGAACACUGCUCAGAGGGAAAUGACAGGAAAUGACAGGAAAUGAAGACAGGAAAUGAAGAUGAACCGAAAAAGAAAGCAAAACACCUCUCUAAUUAGGCUCAUGGUCCAAAUGUAAUUAUUAUAGAUGCAAAGUGAAAAGAAUGCUACUUCUCUAACUCUGUUAAGUAAUACCAUUUUAUGUUUACUUAGCAUCCUUUAGAGGAUUGUUGGAUAAAUGGGCUGUAAAUAUGGUGUACAUCAUAAGUCUACCUGGCUUAGAUUUCACUUUGCGAAAACUUCAGUUUUAAAAACCUGUUUCCAUUUUGCAGGUUGAAAUGAAUGUGAAACUUUUGAAAGUUUUCAUGAAACAUCUGUGCUUUGAGUAAAAAGAUCAGGUUUCUGAUCUGUAAUUUGUUCUCAGGCUGACUGGAAAAUCUACUAGGUCGCAAACCUUCUGAUUGAAAAUGUCAUUAAAAUGAAUAUGUUUCAAAGAAAUGUUUUGAUGAUGUAGAAUUCUUCAAUAAAGAAAGCCUUUAGCUUAAAAUCUUCCACCCCCAAAUUUAGUGUAAAGAAUUAAUGGGGAAGUUUUGAUAAAGAAUGAGUUCAGGGAAGAGGAAGAUGAGUAUGAGGGAUUACCAGAAAAAAAAAAUGGACUGGGGGGGGGCGGGCGUGUAUCUGGUUUCAAUGGGCUUGUCUUGUUAAUAUGUGUGUGAGAGAAAGAGAGAGGAGGUUGGUGAUGUAAUCAGGCAUGGGUGAGAAGUGAAGGUUGCCUUGGGGAGAUUAUGACCUCUUUUCCUAUCUGCACUGUGAUGUAGGGCACUAGCUGAUGUGUGAUGUAUGGCCUCCCACCAAGCAGCUUAGAGAGAGAUACAGCAGGGGAAACAUCAAAAUCCAAAGCUGCUGUUCCUCAUCAAAAAGAGAAGAGCACAUCACUGGAGACACCAUGCGUGAGUGCAUCUCUGUUCAUGUUGGUCAGGCUGGAGUUCAGAUCGGCAAUGCAUGCUGGGAACUUUUCUGUCUGGAACAUGGUAUUCAACCAGAUGGUACCUUCAAUGAUCAGCCCUACAAUGAUGACUCCUUCGCCACGUUUUUCAGAGAAACAGGCACAGGAAAACAUGUGCCACGGGCAAUUAUGGUGGAUUUGGAGCAAACUGUUGUAGAUGAGGUGAGGACUGGCACUUACCGACAGCUUUUUCACCCAGAGCAGUUGAUCACUGGAAAAGAGGAUGCAGCUAAUAACUAUGCCCGUGGCCACUAUACUAUUGGCAAAGACAGAAUUGACAUGGCAUUGGAUCGUAUCCGUAAACUGGCUGAUGCCUGCUCUGGGCUGCAGGGAUUCCUGAUUUUCCACAGCUUUGGUGGGGGCACAGGAUCUGGAUUUACUUCCUUGUUGAUGGAGCGGCUCUCCCUGGACUAUGGCAAGAAAUCCAAACUGGAGUUUGCCAUCUAUCCUGCCCCUCAAGUCUCUACUGCUGUAGUGGAGCCCUACAACUCCAUCCUGACCACCCAUACCACCCUGGAGCACUCAGAUUGUGCCUUCAUGGUGGACAAUGAGGCCAUCUAUGACAUCUGCCGCCGUAACCUGGACAUCGAACGCCCCACUUACACCAACCUUAACCGUCUCAUCAGUCAGAUAGUCUCCUCAAUCACGGCCUCUCUGCGCUUUGAUGGCGCUCUCAAUGUGGAUCUGACAGAAUUUCAGACCAACCUGGUGCCCUACCCACGCAUCCACUUCCCCUUGGUGACCUAUGCACCCAUCCUGUCCUCUGAGAGGGCCUACCAUGAGCAGCUGUCUGUAGCAGAAAUCACCAGUUCCUGCUUUGAGCCCAACAACCAGAUGGUGAAGUGUGACCCACGGCAUGGGAAAUACAUGGCCUGCUGCAUGCUGUAUCGGGGUGAUGUGGUCCCCAAAGAUGUCAAUGUAGCUAUUGCUGCGAUCAAGACCAAGAGAACCAUCCAGUUUGUGGACUGGUGUCCCACAGGCUUCAAGGUUGGCAUAAAUUACCAGCCUCCCACAAUAACUCCUGGAGGAGACCUGGCGCAGGUGCAGCGUGCUGUCUGCAUGCUAAGCAACACCACAGCCAUUGCUGAGGCCUGGGCAAGGCUGGACCACAAAUUUGAUCUGAUGUACGCCAAGAGAGCAUUCGUGCACUGGUACGUCGGAGAAGGCAUGGAAGAAGGGGAGUUUGCAGAGGCCCGAGAAGAUUUGUCUGCCUUGGAGAAGGACUACGAGGAAGUGGGAACUGACUCAUUUGUGGAAGAAAAUGAUGGGGAGGAAUUUUAAAAUACACUUUGCUCCCUUGGUGUGCAUAAGGUUGUCUCUGUAUCUCUUUAUGGCACACAUCUAGGUUCUUUCUUGUAUUAACAUAGCAGUUUCUAUGGUCUGUGAGUAUCUAAAGGUCCAAGUUCCAAAAAUACUCUCUCUGACUCACUGAAUCAAAAGACAAUGGUCAUGAUCAUACCAACUCAUGAUUCCAAGAAGCACCAGUCCUUUCUAAUACAUCCUAAGAUGAAGGGUUUUUUCUGAAGCUCCGGUAGAAUACAGUGGGUCCCAGAAAUAUCCUGAUUUGAGGAAUAUGAAUGUAUCAUAUUUGCUUUAAUAUGUGAUAUAUAAUUGUGCCAGUGAGGCUUAAACAGUUAUAGGGUUACUACUGCAGCAAGAAAUAUUACUGAAUAGCAAUAGCAUUGUUUUUCCUUAAUUUAAAACUAGUUAGACAAUACAAAAAUUUAAAAUAUUAUGUUAGUAAAAUCUUCCCUGCUUAAAAAGUUAUGCAGACAUUCAAGACUACCAAAUACCUGCUCUGCCAAAGACCUGCUGAAGGAUACCCUGUUGUUGCUUUCUGACGGUACUGUAAUUGCUUGGGAUAGCACUUCAGUAAAAAUAAAGAGCACAAAAUUAA